AUGCAGGAGCAGGGGAAGAAGCCGGAGGAUGCCAGCAAGGCGGCGGAGAAGGACAAGGAGGGCGGUAAAAGCGGUAACAGCGGUAGCGGCAUUGCCACGGAGAAGGAAAGCGACAAACAGGGUGGCAAUGAGGAGCACGACUUCGAAAACAUUCUGCGGCUCGACAGUAAUGGUGACGCGGGGGCAGACGGAGACGGAGAUGACAAGCUGCUGAGCAAGCUUGUCGACGAGUCCAAGCGCAAGAGAGGCGGAGACGAAGAGGAAGACGGAGAUGGUGACCGAAACGACGUGGAGGUUCUGGAGGACGACGAUGACGAUGAUGACGACGACCUAGUCGCCAGUACAGGGAACGGGCUCCUCGAGAGCUUGACGACCGAUAUCGAGAAGUACCACAAGAAGGUCCAAUUGAAGAAGAAGUUCGACAACUCUGCGCUGGUUAUGGAGAAGAAGAUCUCGCACGAGCUCGGCAGGGCUGCGGAGGCAGAGACGGGAGCCUCGGCAGAGGAAGACGAGGAGGAGCUCAACAAGAAGAGGGCACGGAGCACUGGCACGGGCAGCGACAGCAAGGAGCAGAUGGAGCUUGACGACGAGGACGGCGAGAGUGCGUACAAGCGGAGCAAGACCCCGAUGGCCGGACGGAAGGUGUCUUCGUGGACAAAGGCGGAGGACGACGCAAUAGUGUACUACAAGGAGGAGAUGAAGUACUCGUGGAAGAAGAUCGAGGAGCUGCUCGAGAAGAAGCACUCGUGGCAGGCGAUCCAGAUGCGGUACUUGCGGAACCACAAGUCCCGGAACGACGAGUGGUCACGGUACAUGGAGAUCAAGUUGAUCAACGCGAUCCGCAAGGACUGGGAAAACAGGUGGAAGCGCAUCAGCGCCGAUCUCGGCAGAGACUUCGGCACUGAGCGGUGCACAACCAAGAAUAUCGAGAUCUGCAAGAAGAUGGAGCUGCCGUACUACAACAACGUCUUCAAGAACAAGGAGGUCACCGUCGGGUACAAGAACCAGUUCAACGACAUCAAGGACGCCGAGGCCCACAAGAAGUUGAUGUUGGUCUACAUGGGCUUGGACUCCAUCACCUACGAGGACAGCGACAACGAAGACAAGGGUCUGCUCCCGCACGACGCGGACGAAGGCGACGCUGGUGACGCCAGCACGGGCGCCGAUGCUGCCGAUGCCGAUGCUAUUGCCAAAACCACAGGCGGCCCCACCACCACUGCCAGCGCCGCCGCUGAUGGCGGUCCAGACGACGGCGGAAAGACCGACAUCCACAUGAACAUGAACAUGAACAUGGGCAUGAUGGGCAUGAACAUGGGCAUGAAUAUCGACGAUGACGAGAACGACGUCCACGUCGCCGACAUCGACACCGCCAACGUCGACCCCGCUAUCACCGGGGAGAGUAUUACCAAGGACGACGCCUGA